CAGAAGUGAGAGGGAAGGGGAGAGGGGAGAAGAGGGAAAAAAAGAUGAAAAGAGGUAAAGACAGAGAGGAAGGAAAACAAGGAUCACUUGUGAGAUCCAGGAACUGGUUAGAAAAGGCGGAGGAGGAAAAGGGGAAUAAAAGAGGGGAGACCCCAAAAUGAAUCCUCUCUUCUGUGUCUCCUCUCUUCCUCUCCUUCUCUCUCCUUCUCUCUCUCUCUCUCUCUCCCCCCCCCCCCCUCCCUCCCUCACCCUCUCUCUUUCUUCUCCCUGUCUCAUCUCUCCUCUCCCUCUGCUCCUUCCUCCUGCCUUAACAGAACUUAUGUGGCUGGGAUGCGGGGCUCUCGGGUGUCAAAACUUUGAAGAUUAAUGGAUUACUUUGUUAAUGACUGCAGGCGUCAGACUGAGGUGCUUAAAUGAUUUGUGAGGUGCGAGGCGUCUUCCCGACAGUCCCAAACAAUGCGCGGAGUGUGCGGGGGAGGCAGAGGGCAGCCGCCGGCGGGCCGGCAGCAGGGCUCACACUCGCACACACUCACACUCCACACACUCCCAGGCGCGCACACCAGAUCUGUGCAGAUCAGGAGGCAGGCAGGCACCCUGGCCCCCACGCACUCCCGGGCAUCCCCACCCACACCCACCUAUAUGUAUUUUUGCCCUGAAAAAAGUGUAAAUAAAGCCUCGCUGGCCCCCAAUGAGGCGUUCCUUCCCGACUUUUUUGGAUCAAUCAAACAGACAGUGGCUUCUUUUGAUUAAAGCCCAAAUUGUCAUUGGGCAGAAGCAAUCAUGUGACAGCCAAUUCGGUCCAAUUUCAACCUUGUCUCCAUGAAUUCAAUAGUUUAAUAGUAGCGCGGUCCCCAUACGGCUGUAAUCAGUGAAUUAGAAAAAAAACACCCCAGCAGCGAUCUUCUAUGAUAGAUUUUUUUUUUCCUCUGCUCUCGUCUUUUUCUUGGGCCUUGCCCCCCCAAAGCCCCUCCAGAAGAGGGAACUUUUUCUCCGAGGGGGCUCCAAGGAGAAGGCCAUGAAUUACGAAUUUGAGCGAGAGAUUGGUUUUAUCAAUAGCCAGCCGUCGCUCGCUGAGUGCCUGACAUCUUUUCCCCCUGUCGCUGAUACAUUUCAAAGUUCAUCAAUCAAGACCUCGACGCUUUCACACUCGACACUGAUUCCUCCUCCUUUUGAGCAGACCAUUCCCAGCCUGAACCCGGGCAGUCACCCUCGCCACGGCGCUGGCGGCCGCCCCAAGCCGAGCCCCGCGGGCAGCCGCGGCAGUCCGGUGCCCGCCGGCGCCCUGCAGCCGCCCGAGUACCCCUGGAUGAAGGAGAAGAAGGCGGCCAAGAAAACCGCGCUGCCGCCCGCCGCCGCCGCCGCCGCCGCCGCCACCGGCCCUGCCUGCCUCGGCCACAAAGAAUCCCUGGAAAUCGCCGAUGGCAGCGGCGGGGGCUCCCGGCGCCUGAGAACUGCUUACACCAACACGCAGCUUUUGGAGCUGGAGAAAGAAUUUCAUUUCAACAAGUACCUUUGCAGACCCCGAAGGGUGGAAAUUGCAGCGCUGCUGGAUUUGACUGAGAGACAAGUGAAAGUGUGGUUUCAGAACCGGAGGAUGAAGCACAAGAGGCAGACCCAGUGCAAGGAGAACCAGAACAGCGAAGGGAAAUUUAAAAGCCUCGAAGACUCUGAGAAAGUGGAGGAGGACGAGGAAGAGAAGUCUCUCUUUGAGCAAGCCCUCAGCGUCUCCGGGGCCCUUCUGGAGAGAGAAGGUUACACUUUUCAGCAAAAUGCCCUCUCUCAGCAGCAGGCUCCCAAUGGACACAAUGGCGACUCCCAAAGUUUCCCAGUUUCGCCUUUAACCAGCAAUGAGAAAAAUCUGAAACAUUUUCAGCACCAGUCACCCACUGUUUCUAACUGCUUGUCAACAAUGGGCCAGAACUGUGGCUCUGGUCUAAACAAUGACAGUCCCGAGACCCUGGAGGUCCCCUCUUUGCAGGACUUUAACGUUUUUUCCACAGAUUCCUGCCUGCAGCUUUCAGAUGCAGUCUCGCCCAGUUUGCCAGGUUCCCUCGACAGUCCCGUAGAUAUUUCAGCUGACAGCUUUGACUUUUUUACAGACACACUCACCACAAUCGACUUGCAGCAUCUGAAUUACUAAAAACAUUAAAGCAAAACAAAGCAUCACAAAACAAAA